AAUUCCCCGGGCGGCUUUCGCGGCGGUAAGCACUUUCAGUCAGUAAAAGAAACUCUGCGCUGCUUUUGCUUGGCGUUUUUUAGCUAAAAUACUUUGUCCAAAAUUCAAGUUCCUGUCCUCGGUUAUUCAAAUUAAUCACGGUGGUUCUGUGUAGUGUUCAUUGAUCGUUUGAAAAGUGCUACAUUUGAGGAAAUUGGCCAUCGAAAGGACCCGCAAAAGUCGCAAUGGCAAAACGUAGACGCGGGGGUCAUCACAAGGCGAAAGCCAACCUUGCGAAGGCGAGGGCAGCAGCCCAGUCGGCGACCCGUUCUGCCACAUCAAUUACCAGCACCUUUGCUACACCGAAAGUCCAUCCAGCGAGCAAUGAUUGCUAUCCGUUAAACAAGUUGUGUCGCUUGUGUUUGUUGUCAAACACCAAUAUGGAACCGAUUUUCCCCUACGCGGGAGAUAAGCGACUCGCUGAGAAAAUUUUCCAGUGCACCAACCUGCAGAUAAAGGAGAAUCCCGAACAAGGCAUUCCAAACUCAAUCUGCGGGCAAUGCAAGAAGCAACUCGACCUGUGCUACGAGUUUCGUCUACUGUGUUGGAAGAAUGACGAAAUCCUUCAUAAUCUGCACGCCAUUCUAAGCCCUCACCAAAAGGUUGCUUACCGGCCACCGCAACUUCAGACGCAAAUAUUAUCGGCCACCCGUUCCAAUCCCGUUGUGCAGGUUCAGAAACUGAACCUGAACUCCAUUGUAACACCCAUGGCACCGCGACGUGGCCGUGUGGUUCGGAAAAGCUUCGGGGAGAUUUCCCUCAGCCAGUUGUACUCGCCAUCACGCUAUGGUCAAAAAGGUCUUAAUGCAAAGCCCCAGUUUACCAAGGAGCUAGUAGUUCGCUUGACACCGCUUUCGUCGACCCUUCUUAACAAGUACAAAAAGGCCGCGGCUGCGGCUGCCGCCAAGAAGGUGACUCAAACAAAAGCCGCAAUGAAGUCCUUCCCCCAGGCGAUAAAACCAAGAGGCAGGCCUCCGAAAGAAGAAGUCAAAGUUAAAUCAAAGCCCCCAAAGGUUAACGCCAACAUAAUCAAGGCUAAGGCUAAAGUCGCACAAGCUAAAGCAAAGGCUAAGGCCAAUGCCGCAAAAGCUAAGGCCGCCAUGAAAGCUAAAGCAGAGAAAAAACAAGCAAAGGCGGCGGCUUCUGCAGCAGCGAAGAAACACAAAGCCAAACGCGCCGAUUCCUCCGUACCACCGAAAAAACGAAAGCAAAACUUCGAAACGGCUCCGCCGACAGUCGCCACGGCCACCUGCGUCCUUUGCACACAGACCUUCAGCAGCGUGAAGGGUCUGAGCCGUCACAUGGCUGUCCAUGAAAAUAAUCGUAAAAGUAACAGCGUUUUUAACUGCAACAUCUGCAAGAAAGAAUAUCUUAAAGGAAACCAAUUCCGCGAGCAUCUGGAUAGCGUAGAACAUUUGGGUAAUGUUGCACGCAACGAAGCUGACGAGGGCGAUGUCUCCAUACUUCCGGAUGGGGUGGAACCGGAGGUCUCGAUAUUGCCCGAUGACGACGAUGAACGUAUCCUCCCAGACGAUUCGUCGAAUGCUGGGGCGAAUGUUUCCAUGGAAUCCACCAUUAACACUGACCCAGAGGUAGAGGAAAUCACAGAUCACGAGGGACCGGCACCAGAGAUAAGAUCGCAACCUUCUCCGGAUGCCAACGAUAGUUCCCAGCCAGAGGAACCAUCCCAACUGGAUGAGUCAACCGAGCCGGACUGCAUCGAAAUCAGCGACAAGCAGGUGAACGACGAACAACCGCCAGCGCCGGUCAUCAGUGCAGCCCGCGAGGCCAGUCCGAUACCGGUUGAGAGUGAAUCGUCCAGAGAUGGCAGUGGCGCACAGCAAGGAGAAGAUUGCUCUACAAACAACGCAGAGAAUCUGUUCAAUGGGAGCGCUGCAGACGCGUUGAACGCAUCGCGACGCGUCACAUUUUCGGACAUCACUGAAAUAGUCGAUUAACUAUUGCGUUGAAGGGUAAGACGAUUGAGAUGGUAUAUUUUAUUUUAAACUCAUAGAAUAUAGAGCCACCGUCACCAUGAAAAUAUUACUGAAUAAGUUUGCGUUGCUAAGUUUUCUUCCAACGGGUCUGGUACGUUUGGCAUAAGGCCGUUUGGCAUAAGGACAUUUGGCAUAAGGACGUUUGGCAUAAAGGACAUUUGGCAUAAAGGACGUUUGGCAUAAAAGACGUUUGGCAUAAGGGACGUUUGGCAUAAAGGACGUUUGGCAUAAAGAAUAUGUGAAAUAUAUUUUCCCUCUGGAGAAAAAUUAAAGAACAGCCUUCAAGGGAAAGAAGGCAAACUUGUUGUUGGUGCAUUAUAUUGGAUCUCAUAUUUUCAAAAUAACCUUUUGCUUCCAUGAAUUUGUUUUUUUUUUUUCGGAAGGGGAAUGUUCCUUCUUUUGUAUAUAGGCUGUUCUUCAUCGAUACAAGCAAUUUAGAUUCCGGUAAUGGUUCUUUCUAGCAAAUCAUCCUUGUCUGCAUAUUAUAUCCAUAAAAGUUAUGGCAUUAUAAUGUAUUAUCCUUCUUUUGUAUACUUAUCCUUUUUUUACUUUAAGUAUGUAUGUCACUUUUUACUGAAAUCAUUUUAUGCCAAACGUACUUUAUGCCAAAUGUCCAUUAUGCCAAACGUCCUUUAUGCCAAAUGUCCUUUAUGCCAAGUGUCCUUUAUGCCAAACGUCCUUAUGCCAAAUGGCAUUAUGCCAAACGGCCUUAUGCCAAACGUACCAGACCCCUUCCAACUGUAAUUGUGUUUUAAAGUAAUCGAUUUCAACAAAUCAAACUUAAAAUGAGUGUCCUGUAGACGAUAUAGAGCGAUUCCAAGCAACAGCAUCAAAAUUAAGGAAAAUUUUUAAUUCAUGAUUUUCUAUUGAACUGAAACUUUGCACAGUUUUUCAGUUCCAUCUAAAUCGCCAUUUUUUGAUAUCAAAUUUUUAUUUAGAGCCACGACUAACUUUUCAAAAGGGUGUAUGUGAAAAUGGUUCAAAAAUAUUCAAAAAUAUGCACAGCAAAAACGGAUUGUUCGAUUGUUAUGAAUUUUUCAGCAAAGUUAGAUAGCUAAAUGGUGAUUUCUAAGAAAAUAUACACUGUGAAAAAAAAUCUAUUUUAUCAUUGAAAAACAUCAUUUUUGUCACAAAAACUCAAAUAUCUCAAAACCCUAUCUUUUUACCAACUUGAAUUUUUUAGGGAAAACGGUCCAUUGUAUUAGCAAUCUACCAUAAAAAUUUGGUGAUGGUAAACUAAUAAACAAAAAAGUUAUAACAUUUCAAAAAUUUCACAAUUUUUACAUUUAGUAAAAAAAAUUUUUCUGUGUAAAUUAUUUCGGCCGGGAAUCGCGAUUUGAUGCUGAUUUUAUUGUUCAGCAAAGUUAGAUAACUAAAUGGCGAUUCCUAAGAAAAUAUACACUGUGAAAAAAAAUCUUUUUUAACAUUAAAAAAUAUCAUUUUUGUCACAAAAACUCAAAUAUCUCAAAACCCUAUCUUUUUACCAACGUAAUUUUUUUAGAGAAAACGGUCCAUUGUAUUAGCAAUCUACCAUGAAAAUAAACAAAAAAGUUAUGACAAUUCAAACAUUUCACAAUUUUCACAUUUAGUAAUAAUUUUUUUUAGUGUAAAUUAUUUCGGCCGGAAAUUGAAGUUUGAUGCUGAUUUUAUUGUUAAUGGCCUUGCGUGAGUAAAACAAGUUGUUUUUAUUAUAUAUUAUAUAUACAUAUAAUAUAAUAUACUAUGUACCGUAAUGUUCCGAUUUUAUCACGCCCUCCGCGCAUUAGUCGUUUAUUCAUUAAUUUGCUGUUACAUUUGAGGACAAGUGUUUUCCCUCUUCUUCAAGAUGAAUGUUGAAAGCGUGUUUUGCAACGUUAAAAAUAUUGAAAUGGGUAUAGAUGCUGAAGAAUAUUACAGGGCAUUUUUGAAAAGGGGCGUAAUUAAAUUGUUUAAACAGAUGUCGCUGAUGGCAAUUUCUCAGUUGUUGUCGUUUUCGAACUUCCUGCGCCCUGCUUUACCGAUGAUAUACAGAUGGCUCGUUUGUCAAAUUCUAGACGGCAGGACGUGCAAAUGCGUAAUUUUGUACACAAUGUGGACAUUUGGGCAUAACCAGUCUCUUUCAGUUUAUCUAUGGUGCUUUCGGUGAGAUUUCGUAACUCUUUUGAACAUUUUUUUUCAUCAAACGGUCUACAAGAAAGCGACUGUUCAUCUUGUUCGUUAGAUUAUAAUAAACAAAAUCACUUAUUAAUUUUAACUUACUUGUUUGGUGUUGGUGGCUGAAGAAAAAAAAAUACUAUACAAUUUUUAAUAUUCAUAGCGGUAGUAUUUUUUUGUUUUUUUCGUGAGCAUUGUCAGGUAUGUAUACAGACAAACAAACGUAACACUGGCGAAAUUUUCAUUGACCACGCCUUCAACGAUCAUUUUGAAUCUUGGAUGUGGCUUUCAUAACAAGAAGAGCGCCCAUCGUUUUUCUUUGCGUUUGACGUUUCACACUAGCGCCUUCUGAUGACGAUAUUGCACAACGCAGUGUUUCGUGAAACAUUUCCACCAGGUGGUGAUAGUGUGAACUGGGCGAUGAAUUUUCACUAAAAUUGUUCUAGGCGUUUCGUCUGUUUGUCUGUGGUAUGUACCUCUUAUGCAUUUGUUGUUGUUGAAGUUACUCGCAUUCUUCCGAUCAUAAAGUCUGUUCUCUACACACUUAAUUUUGAUUACCGAGUUCGGUAAUUUUUUGACGAGAUUAAAACUGCUGAGCACCGAACUCGUUCAGCAAAAAUGCAUUGUUUACCUUUUCCAUGCGAUUUUGACAGUUGUUUUACUGAGCCUCAGUAAAAUCGAUUACCGAAACUACCGAGAUCGUACUGCUGUUAUAAUCUCGUCAAAAAAGUACCGAACAGGCAAUUCAGAAAUAAGUGUGUAAGAGGGAUUUUUUUUGCGGAUAAACUAGACGUAUACGCGUAUAAAAAACUUUUAUUAUACAGCUUUUGUCUUAAAAAUAAAUUCAAUUCCAUUUUUCUUAUAAUCAACAGCUUUUCAACACUAUCAAGGGAUUUUUUCACCAGUCACGUACAAUAAAAAGUAUGACAAUCUCAAUAUUUUUGAUCACAACACUGGAUCGCGUCUAAGUUUCAAAUAGAUACUAUAGUAAUUACGAAUAAUCAAACUAAAGUAUCAUGAAAACAACUUGUUUAAUUCAGGCGGUAGCCUUUACAAUAAAAUCAGCAUCAAAAUAUAAUUCUCGAAAUAAUUUACACAGAAAAAAAUUUUUUUUUGUUACUAAAUGUAAAAAUUGUGAAAUGUUUGAAAUGUCAUAACUUUUUUGUUUAUCAGUUUACCAUCACCAAAAUUUUAUGGUAGAUAGCUGAUAUAAUGGGCCAUUUCCCCUAAAAAAUUGAAGUUGGUAAAAAGAUAGGGUUUUGAGAUAUUUGAGUUUUUGUGACAAAUAUCAUAUUUUUUCAAAGUAGAAAAAGAAUUUUUUUACAGUGUAUAUUUUCUAAGGAAUCAUCAUUUAGUUAUCUAACUUUGCUGAAAAAUUUAUAACAAUCGAACAAUCCGUUUUUGCUGUAUAGCUUUUAGAAUAUUUUAGAACUAUUUUCGCAUACACCCUUUUGAAAAGUUAGUCGUGAGUGAAUAUGAAGGUUUAAUAUCAAAAAAUGGCGAUUUAUAUGAAAUUGAAAAACUGUGCAAAGUUUCAGAUAUUUUUGAAAUGGUCGCUCAGGAUCGACUGACAUGACUCCGUGGAAUUCCUCUAUAUAUAUUGAGCAACAUCAGUAGCAGCAUGUAUCGUACAAAAGACAAAAUAUACAAAAUUGUUUUAACAAAUAAAGCUUACUAAUGUAAUUUAAGCACUUAUCGGUGAAUAAAUGGCGUAAAAUGCAUUUCA